AUGGAGUCUGUUUUUCCUGUUUCGCGCGAUGUUUAUGCCGGGCAGUACCGGCCCGCAUCUCUGCAAGCCAAUCCGCAGCACAUCUGGCAGCAGCAUCGUCGCACCGGACUCCAGCCCAUUGGCACGCAAGCUUAUAAGGAGCCUGUCUCACAUCCCUCACCGAGUGGGCUCGAAGCUUGGAAGAACCAAGUUGACACUCUAUCUCGAAUUAUCAUGAGGCAAGAAGGCCAUUUCGUGGGCCUCGAAGAUGAGGUGAAAACAAGUAAGCGGGAAAUACAGCGCCUUGGAUAUCUGGCAGAAGCAAGGAACCAGCACAUACAACAUCUUGAACAUCAACUGGCACAGACAGAAGCCAAAAACCAGCAGCUCGCCCACGAAGUUUUUGUGCUCCGUCACACAGCCCAAUCGGGUGCAAUGCACGCUAAGCUCCCACCCGUUGAUACCUCUCAAGGCAGCCGUGUUCCGACGCAGGAAAGAGCGUUCAGAGACACCAGUGACAGUGAUCAACGCCAGGGAAGCCAGAUUUUAAUUAAGAGCGAAAGGGAUGGAGAGGAAAGCAGCUAA